UUUUAUUCAGAGUAUUGGUCCGGAAUAGACAUUAUCGACACUUUUCGUGAUUUUUUAUAUAUCAGUUAAAAUUCUCAAUGUCUGACUAAAAACCAGCAAGAUUCUUGAACGAAACUAAGAAAACAGAUCUCGAGUCAAAAUUGAAAGUGCACUGAUUUGUUUGCGGUACCGCGGUAGUUCGCGACUUAAUUUAGGGGAAAAUCGUAAUGGCCAAGGACCAGGAAGGUGCAGGCGAGCAGGCGUAUUCCGUAUCCACCGCGGAGUCCUCCUCCGAGAACCAAAAGCGGGAACAGCGGGCUCGUCUGAUCAAGGCCUUGAGCCGUUUCAAGCCACGUGAUGCCAAUCCGCUGCAGUUCUACAACUGCGUCCGCGAACUCUGCAUCAUGCACAACUGCAGCAUUGACGAGGGGCUGGAGCGGGCCGCCCUCACGUGGCCGAGACUCAGUAUGCGCCAGCGGGAGCUCUACGAUUCGCAACGUCACGCGGAGCUACCGAUCCCGGUGCCGCGGCACCUGAUUUACCGCGCCUUCCAGAAGGAGAGCAAGGGCCUGUGGUCCCUGGGCCGCUCCUCGGUGGGUGGCAAGCGGUCCACCCGCUACACCCUGGAAUCCUACAAGCCACCCCCCAAACCAUCCCGAAUCAGGAGCGCACUGAUUGAAAAGCGGCCCAAAUACGAUAAUCUUUUGGAUUUGCCACCCAAAGCGGCGGCAAUGCGGGUACCGCCGGCACCCAAUCGUAAAUUUUCCAGGGUAUCCCCCUCUUCCGGUCGCCGGAUUCGGAAUUUAACGCCAUCUCCGGUCGUGAGGCGUGUCCGGUCCAUUCGAAAAAUCCUUUCGAUGGCCAGUGUGCAAAUGAAAAAGUCCGGAAGGCGGCGUCAAGGGAAAAGUCACCAGCGGGUGAAGAAAGUAAUUACUCCGGAACCGUUAGCCGAAAAGUCGACACCCGGUGGGCCCAAGUUGCGGAGAAAGAAGACGACCGUCAAACGAAAGGGUCCGCCCAGCGGUGGGUCAAAGGUUAAGAGAACCUCUAAAGGGGGCGACGAUCUGAAGACGGUCCACAACUGGGAUCUAGCCAUUGGCUGUGUUCGCCGGCGGCUCACGAUGCACCAGCCCCUGAAGACCAGAUCCUAACUCUAUGGAUCUAUUUGCACAAAUAUUUGUUAAGUUUAUUUUUAUCCAGAUGCCCUUGCCCUCAGAUAAAACACACAAACUCAUAUCAAAGGAAACUUUCCUUAGAACACAAAUAACUCUAGUUAAAUAAAUUGAAAGUGAAAAAUUAUUGUACUUAAUUUAUGUAACUAUUGCGAGGCAAAAUAUAUUUAAAAUUCAAUGUAAAA